AUGAUGGAUUUGAUCUCAUGCUACAGUCAAUACGCAGUACAAGUCUCUGAAUCAUCGUCAUGUUCAAGCUAUACAACUGCUUCUUCAUGUAUAAUUUCCCCCAAUUUGAUCCCAUCCACCCAAACCGCCGUUUGUUGUUUGUAUAAAACCACCCUCUCCACCGGUGAACACCACUUCAUCACCGUCACAUGGUACCGGAACGCCACCACCCAAGGCUUGCAGAUCAAUUCCGGCGACGACUCCACAACGGCCUUCCGUCUAAACACGCAUUCCAGACUCUUCCGUAAGAAAAAGGGCAACAAGUCGUUCGAAAUCAAUGAUUCGAAAUUCGAAGUUUACUAUGAUCUCUCAUCGGCUCAGUACGGCGCCGGAGCAGAGCCGGUAGAAGGUUACUACGUUUUGAUCAUGGUUGAUUCCGAACUCGGAUUGUUAAUCGGAGACAUGCCUGAGGAGUCCACGGUUAAGAAACUCAAAACCAAUAAACAGAUGGGGAAAUUCUCUUUACUUUCCCGGAAGGAACACUUUUCCGGCAACACCCAUUACACAACAAAAGCUCAAUUCUCCGAUACCGGAAGUUCGCAUGAUAUUCUGAUCCGGUGUACCGGAGAAAACGAGGGGUUGAAGUACCCAGUUCUAGUGGUUUACAUCGACAAACGGGUCGUGAUUCGGGUGAAGAGGUUACAAUGGAAUUUCAGAGGGAAUCAGACCAUAUUUUUAGAUGGAUUGUUGGUGGAUUUGAUGUGGGAUGUUCAUGACUGGUUCUUCAACACAGAAUCCGGGUCCGGGUCGGGUCAUGCAGUGUUCAUGUUCAGAACAAGGAGUGGGUUGGAUAGCAGGUUGUGGUUGGAAGAGAAGAUUGUGAAGAGUGAUGAUGAACAGAAAAAAGGAUUCUCAUUGUUAGUUUAUGCCACUAAAAGCUAA